UUCGCGCCGCGGUAAGCCAGCCUGCAGAAAGACGCACCGUCAUGUCUAAACCACAGGAGCACACAUGUGAAGAGAAGACCAAAUGCAAGACCAGUUUCAUCUGCACUGAGUGUGGCAAGAAUCUGUCAUGCAAGAGGACGUUUACGUGUCACAUGAGGAUUCACACCGGAGAGGGUCCAUACAUCUGCACUCAGUGUGGGAAGUGUCUGUCAAGCAGUGAGACUUUUAAGUUUCACAUGAUGAUUCACAGCGGAGAGAAACCGUACACGUGCACGCAGUGUGGGAUGAUUUUCAGACAGUCGCCAAGCCUCAGGCGACACCUGCUGCUCCACACUGGAGAGAAGCGGCACAAGUGUGAUCAAUGCGGCAAGACUUUUUUGAGGGGUGCACAGCUGAAGAUCCACCGUAGAGUUCAUACAAAUGAGAAGCCGUAUUCGUGUUCUGAGUGUGGAAAGGGUUUCAUACGGCCGGCUCAUUUAAGACGACAUGAGAAGACCCACACUGGUGUGAGAGAGUACAUGUGCUUCCAGUGUGAGAAGACUUUCGUUACAGCUGGAGCUUUAAAGCGACACCAGAUGACUCACACCGGAGAGAAACCGUACAAGUGUGCACACUGCGACAAGCUAUUUACUCGGACUGAACAUCUGAAAGUACACAUGAGGAUCCACACUGGAGAGAAACCGUGCACUUGUACUCGGUGUGGGACGAGUUUCGCACAAUUAGCAAGCCUUAAAUAUCACAUGAGGAGCCACACUGGAGAGAAACAGCCCGAAUGACACAUUUGGAAAAAUUGAAAAUCGCAAACUCAAAGAACAGUUUGGCCAGUUCAGGAGAAGAUCAGCAGGUCUUCAUCUGUGUUUGCCAUCAUCAUCAUCAUCAUGCCUCACUGCUGCAGUCAGACUGGAUCAGGGUUGGCACAUGAGGCCGUCCAUGC